AUGGCUCUCUGCAAUAUGCGCCUCGCCGAGGAGAGGAAGCAAUGGCGAAAGGAUCACCCUUUCGGCUUCUGGGCCCGACCUGUCAAGCGGGCAGAUGGCGUCAUGGAUUUGAAGACAUGGGAGUGCGGCAUCCCGGGCAAGGAGAAGACCAUGUGGGAGGGUGGCCUGUUCAAGAUGACCAUGACUUUCCCCGAUGAAUACCCCACGAAGCCUCCCAAGUGCAAGUUCACACCUCCCUUGUUCCACCCGAACGUCUACCCGUCCGGCACCGUCUGCCUAUCGAUUCUGAACGAAGAGGAGGGCUGGAAGCCGGCCAUCACGGUGAAGCAGAUUGCGCUCGGCGUCCAGGAUCUUCUUGACAACCCCAACCCCGAGUCGCCUGCACAAGCCGAGGCCUACAAUCUGUUUAAGAAGGACAAGGUGGAAUACGAACGACGUGUCAGACGCGUUGUCAGAGAGAAUGCGCCCUAA